CCUUCAAACAGAAUCUAAUCUUUUGAGGCCCUUCGCCUCUGACAAAGUGCAUGCACCAACACAGCUAAGCACCUACCUUCUCCACCACCGCCACCGCCGCCACCACCAUCACCUCUCUCUCUCUCUCUCUCUCUCUCUCUCUCUCUCUCUUCACUUGCUCUCCUUCUCUACGGCUCCACCACCUACCUUCCUAUCUUUUCUAAGGUCUCUUUGUCACCAUCCACAUGUCUAAAUCAGGAAUUUACGUUUUUGCAAGAUCUGUUUGCUCACAAGUUGAAAGUUCUUAACGUUUGGAUUUCUUGGAUCUCUGAUUUAUAUGUUAACUUUUCUGCUCAGGGCACUUCCACUGAGCCUUUCUCAUUUUGCAGAAACUGCUGGAUAAAUAAAGGGUUGAAGAUGGAAUUUGCUUUGUGUUCAUCUUCUUUGGAUAUGUCAAAUCUUUGCUUCGAGGGCCUAAGGUGUAAUACUGCCAGUUUGCCGUUAAACAAACCUUUCCUGGGAUUUGGUUUUCUUGCUAAGAACGAGAAUGUUCAAGAAUCUUAUUGUAAUAGUAAAAGAAUGGUCAUUUCUAGCCAUUUACUGCCUGGACACCUCGAGGGAUCCUUCAUGGGGAAGAAACGGCUGGAGGAGCCUAGCAGGAAGCUGGAAUUCGUGAGGACAUUGUUGAUUGAUAACUAUGAUAGUUACACCUACAACAUUUACCAAGAGCUCUCUGUUGUUAAUGGGGUGCCUCCUGUGGUGGUGAAGAAUGAUGAGUGGACAUGGGAGGAAGUUUGCCACUACUUGUAUGAAGAAAAGGCAUUUGAUAAUAUUGUUAUAUCACCUGGGCCUGGUUCUCCAACAUGCGCAGUUGACAUAGGAAUAUGUCUUCGGUUGCUGCUUGAGUGCAGGGACAUUCCUAUUUUGGGUAUUUGUCUUGGACACCAGGCUUUGGGUUAUGCACAUGGUGCUCAAAUUGUCCACGCAUCUGAACCAGUCCAUGGACGUAUGAGUGAAAUUGAGCACAAUGGGUGCAGGCUUUUCAAUAAUAUUCCUUCUGGCAAAAAAUCCGGAUUUAAGGUAGUUCGAUAUCAUUCUCUUGUUAUAGAUGCAGAAUCACUGCCAAAGGAACUUGUACCAAUUGCAUGGACAACUUCUACUGGCACACAUUCUUUCCUCGAGUCUCAGAAUUCUGAUCUUAUCCCUGAUGCUUGUGAGAGUCAGAUUAGGCCAGGUAUUUCUUUUGAUACUUUUUCACCUGGAUUAAAUAAUGGAACUUCUUGGUCUUUUAGCCACUCCAAUGAAGUGCAAAGGAGAAAAAUCCUCAUGGGCAUUAUGCAUUCUACCAGGCCUCAUUAUGGGUUACAGUUUCAUCCAGAGAGUAUUGCAACCUGUCAUGGAAGGAAAAUAUUUGAGAAUUUUAGAGAGAUUACAUUGGAUUAUUGGCAGCGAUUGAGGUCAACAUUUCUUAAUGAGAGACAUGUCUUUUAUACUGCAUGCAUGCAGCUGCAUGGUGCUAGUCAACUGUUUGGAGUUCCUAGAGCUGGUCCAUUAGAAUGCAAUGAAGAUGCUCUACCAUUUAGAGAAAACACAAGAAGGCGGCAAUUACUGGGCAAUGUAGAUGAGAAAAAUUUUUUUAGCAUGUCCAGCUUAUCAAGUUUUCCAGAAUCAAGCAUUGGUGCAAAGCAUUUAAAAUUGAAAUGGAGGAAGUUUGAUCAAUUGGCAUCACAACUUGGUGGAGCAAGAAACAUAUUUUGUGAACUAUUUGGGGCUAAUAAAGCUGAAAACACCUUUUGGUUGGACAGUUCUUCAGUGGAGAAGAAAAGGGCACGCUUUUCUUUUAUGGGGGGUAAAGGUGGACAACUUUGGAAGCAAAUUACAUUUAGAUUGUCAGACCAAAGUGAUAUGGCUUUCAAGGAUGGUGGUUAUUUAUCAGUUGAAUAUGCUCAAGGCACUACCAGAAGCAUGUAUUUGGAAAAAGGUUUUCUUGAUUUUUUGAACCAGGAACUCCUAUCAUUCCGUUAUGAUGAAAAGGAUUUUGAAGGACUGCCUUUUGACUUUUAUGGUGGAUAUAUUGGUUAUAUUGGAUAUAAUCUUAAAGUUGAAUGUGGCAUGCUAUCUAACCGUUACAAAUCAAAGACUCCGGAUGCUUGCUUCUUCUUUGCUGAUAAUUUUAUAGUCAUCGAUCAUCGUUAUGAUGAUGUUUAUAUAAUGUCAAUACAAGAAGGAAACACAGCCAAUACACCAUGGUUGGAUGAUGUAGAGCAGAAGCUCCUUCAUUUGGAAGCAUCUGCUGCAAAGAAGUUAGGGAAGCAGCCUUCACAACCUGCAAAAUUUUCCCCAUGCAUGGCAGGCUUUCUUGCUGAGAAGUCGAAAGAGCAGUAUAUUAAUGAUGUGCACAAGUGUCUGGAAUACAUUAAAGAUGGAGAAAGCUACGAGUUAUGUCUCACUACUCAAAUAAGAAAAAGAGUUGGAGAUAUAGAUUCUCUUGGACUUUAUCUUCACCUUAGAGAGAAAAAUCCAGCACCAUAUGCUGCAUGGCUUAACUUUUCAAAUGAAAAUUUGUGCAUAUGCUGUUCUUCUCCUGAGAGGUUCUUGCGCUUGAACAGAAAUGGUGUUCUGGAAGCAAAGCCCAUAAAGGGUACUAUGGCUCGUGGUGCAACACAGGAAGAAGAUGAACAGCUUAAAUUGCAAUUACAGUGCAGUGAAAAGGAUCAAGCUGAAAAUCUGAUGAUUGUUGAUCUCUUGAGGAAUGAUCUUGGCCGUGUCUGUGAACCUGGCUCGGUUCAUGUGCCUUGUCUUAUGGACGUGGAAUCAUAUGCAACCGUCCAUACAAUGGUGAGUACAAUUCGAGGAAAGAAGAGGUCAAACGUCAAUGCAGUUGACUGUAUCCGGGCUGCAUUUCCAGGGGGCUCAAUGACAGGCGCUCCAAAGUUGAGAUCCAUGGAACUUCUUGAUUCUCUAGAAAAUUAUUCCCGUGGCAUCUACUCAGGUUCUAUUGGAUUUUUCUCAUAUAAUCAGACAUUUGAUCUUAACAUUGUGAUAAGAACGAUAGUAAUGCAUGAAGGUGAAGCUUCUAUAGGAGCAGGAGGAGCCAUUGUUGCUCUGUCAAACCCUGAAGAUGAGUAUGAUGAAAUGAUAUUGAAAACAAAUGCACCAGCAAAGGCAGUGGUAGAAUUUCAAUAGGAUCAUAAUUGAACAUUGUAGAAUAUUAAAAAGUGUUGUAUUUUUAUUCCUUUUCUUCUUACAGUGUUAUCACCACACACACACACAAGCAUACUUAGGCCUGCAGGGAACUGGGGCAAUUUAGCAUAGAUUUUUUUGGUUCAAACAUUGGCAAUGGCAUUGUCCAGUGCUAAGGUUUUUGAUCUGUAUUAAUUGAUUAUCAAUACAAACAUAUACAUAUCACCUUUUUUUUUAAAAAAAAAAAAAAUCUGCUGGCAA